AGUCCAAGAAGGAUAAAAAAGUAAAUUAGACAUUCUUCAUCUUCACUUGGUUCUGAGCUGCUCAAACUAGGCCAGUGUUUUUCUGUUAACGGUUGCUUCUAAUUUUCUGUCAUCAAAUUCACAUACAAAAUUUUUAUAUCUCCACCUGCAAAAUUCUCCCCUAAAAUCCUACAUACCAUCUUCUUAUUCUUCCAAAUUUCUCAACACAUAGUAAUUUUUUCUUUUUUCUUUUUAAUACCAAAUCUACGCUACAAAACAAAGCUGUGUCAACUUGUAUAGAAAAGCAUAAAGCUCUAAUCUUUAGCUCAAAAUGAUCCCUAAAGUUUCAAUCUUGGGAACAAUGAAGAAGCAAAAACCAAAUUCACAAUCCAAUUUCAACAAUCACUUUGAUCUUCUUUCUGAAGAAAUUGUCUUUUCAAUUCUUGAUUAUCUUAAUGACAACCCAAUUGACAAAAAAUCAUUUUCUCUUGUUUGUAAGACUUUUUAUGCUACUGAAUCUCACCAUAGGAAAAUCUUGAAACCCCUUAGGUCAGAACACUUGACAAAGAUUCUUAGCAGAUACCCACAAGUUAACCAUCUUGAUCUUUCCCUUUGUCCUAGAAUUACAGACAGUUCACUCACAGUUAUAGCUAGUUUUUGCAAGGAAAUGUUGAGGUCAAUUAAUCUUUCAAGGUCUAAGUUUUUUACUCAUUUGGGGUUGUCCAAUUUGGUGUUAAACUGUGGGAAUUUGGUUGAAAUUGAUUUGUCAAAUGCCACUGAGUUGAAGGAUGUGGGUGCUGCUGCAUUAGCUGAGGCAAAGAACUUGGAGAAGUUGUGGUUGGUGAGGUGUAAGUCUAUAACAGAUAUUGGACUUGGUUGUAUUGCUGUAGGCUGCAGGAAGCUGAGGUUGCUUAGCUUGAGAUGGUGUUUGGGUGUUGGUGAUUUAGGUGUGGGUUUAAUUGCUGUUAAGUGUAAGGAGAUUCGUUGUUUGGAUCUUUCUUACCUGCCGAUCACUAAUGAAUGCUUAUCGUCAAUCUCGAAACUGCAAUAUCUUGAAGAUUUGGUUCUAGAAGGUUGCUACGGGAUUGAUGAUGACAGCCUUGCAUCCCUCAAGCAAGGCUGCAAGUCACUAAAGGCACUUGAUAUGUCAAGCUGUCAGAAUGUUAGUCACGUGGGUUUGUCAUCUCUCACUAGCAGUGCCGAAUGUCUGCAGCAACUUAUCUUAGCAUAUGGUUCUCCUGUAACAUCAGCUGUCGCGGAUAGCUUGCAGAAGCUUUCCAGGUUGCGGUCCGUCAAACUAGAUGGUUGCCAAGUUACAUGCUCUGGACUGAAAGCUAUUGGAAAUUGGUGUGUUUCACUAAGGGAACUGAGCUUAAGUAAAUGCUUGGGGGUGACGGAUGGUGGUCUCUGCUCCCUCGUAACAAAGCACAAAGACUUAAGGAAGCUUGACAUUACUUGUUGCCGCAAGAUAACUCACGUAUCCAUUUCCCAUAUAACAAAUUCCUGUGCCUCCCUUACUUCUCUCAGGAUGGAGUCUUGUACUCUAGUCCCGAGAGAAGCUUUUGUUCUAAUUGGACAGCGUUGCCAGUACCUUGAAGAGCUUGACCUUACGGACAACGAAGUUGACGAUGAAGGCUUGAAGUCCAUUUCCAAGUGUGCCCGUCUUUCCAGCCUAAAGCUGGGGAUCUGCCUGAAUAUAACUGAUCAGGGCGUUACUCACAUUGGCAUGUGCUGCUCAAAUCUUAAGGAGCUUGAUUUAUACAGAUCAGCUGGAAUUUCCGACUUGGGAAUAUUAGCAAUUGCUCGCGGUUGUGUUGGCCUUGAAAUGAUCAAUAUUGCCUAUUGCAAUCGUAUUACUGAUGGCUCGUUCAUAUCUUUAUCCAAGUGUUCAAAGUUGAAUACACUCGAAAGUAGAAGUUGUCCUUUUGUCACAUCUUUUGGUCUUGCCGCUGUUGCUGUGGGAUGUAAGCAACUUACCAAGCUAGACAUCAAAAACUGCCGCAACAUUGAUGAUGCUGGAAUGAUUCCACUUGCUCACUUCUCGCUUAACCUCAAACAGAUAAAUUUAUCGUACACUUCAGUGACGGACGUGGGGCUGUUGUCUCUUGCCAGCAUCAGAAGUCUGCAGAACAUGACAAUCCUACACCUGAAAGGUUUGUCUCCCGGUGGACUAGGAGCUGCACUUUUGGCUUGCGGCGGACUUACUAAAGUUAAGCUGCAGACAUCAUUUAAACCGUUGCUACCACAACCUCUUCUUCAACAUUUAGAAGCCCGAGGUUGUGUCUUCCAAUGGAGAGAGAAACCAUUUCAGGCUGAAGUAGAUCCACUAUGCUGGAAGAUUCAGCUGGAUAAUUUAGAUGAAGAUUAAAGUCAACCGUUUGAGCCGUUUAUGCUGGUGGCCUGUGAUGAAAUGGAUCGUCGUCCCAAAGGUUAAGUCAUUUGUUCAUCUGUUAGCACUUCAUCAGGCAUUAGGUGCAUUGUUUAUGGUGCAUGUUUUCCGCGUUUCGCGUCUGUAACUUGUUCAUAUGUAUUCUCUAAAUACUCGGUAAAUUCCAAAGAGGGAAAGUCAUUUGCCAUUCAGCAUUGCCCUGGCAUUAGAUCAAUUUUGUCACAAAUGUUAUGAGAUGGAUUGAACAGAUUGAGAAAACCAUGUUUCAAUAA